UCAUUUUUCGAAUCUCAGUUUUCGUCAGGAAAUUCGUGUUUCGGAAAUUGAAGCGGUGUUUUUAUCCUUCAGUGCCCCGUCGUCGUCCCCGAUGUGUUUACGUUUAAUGCGCCGUGUGAGCCAUGGAUAACGUAUUCAGCAAACUCAGGUCCACCCUCAUCAGCACCGUCGGCAACACUGCACAAGUCGUGUCUCAAGUCCAAGCCGCCCUUCCCGGAAACAACGUGACCAAGGAAUACGAGGUUGUCAAACACAUUGCCAGUGCGGGUCCCGGGUUCCUCUGGAAGGUUUAUUCUGGGCACAAGAAGUCGACGAAGCAGGAAGCCGCUGUUUUCAUUUUCGAGAAGAAGUUGUUGGAGCGGUAUCCGAAGAACGCGCGGGAACAGGUUUUGGAGAAUUUGCGACGCGGCGUUAAUCAAGUCACGAGGCUCAGGCACCCAAACGUACUCGUCGUUCAACAUCCCUUGGAUGAAUCCAGAGAUGCCCUCGCAUUCGCGACAGAACCAGUCUUUGCGAGCCUGGGGAAUAUCCUUGGGUAUCGAGAAAAUUGCCCAGAUGCAGAUUCCUUGGGGAAAUUGGACGGUUUCAAACUCGACGAGCUAGAAAUAAAAUACGGACUCGUCCAGUUGUGCGAUGGCCUCAAUUUCUUACACCGGGAUGUGAAACUAGUACAUAGGAACAUUGCUGUGGAAUCCAUCGUUGUAAAUGCAUCUGGUGCCUGGAAGUUGUUUGGGUUUGACUUCUGCGUGCAAAACGAGAGCCCAGAAGGCUCUGAACCGUUCUGGAAACUUGUGGAGUACAAUUCGUAUCUUCCACCCCAUGCCCAACCGCACAUGGACUUUCUAGCGCCCGAAUACGCGACAAAUGCUCGGAUAGGUCCCUGGUGUGACAUGUACUCAGUCGGUGUUUUGAUGUAUGCUUUGUUCUCCGGUGGGAAACCGUUGUUUAGGAACGGUGACAAUUACGAGAUCUUCCGCACAAAUGCCGGAGAGCUGGAGCAUUUGACAAUGAAUAAUUUGUCGUGCAUCCCGAUCGGGUUGAGGGAAACAGCGAAGAUGCUUUUGAGCCACAAUCCGGAUAUCCGACCGGAAGCAGGGCAAGUAGGAGAAACACCAUAUUUUCAGGACAUUGGUGUCAAAACUCUUAGCUAUCUCGACGCCAUGUAUCAGUGGGACAAUGUGCAAAAGACCCAAUUCUACAAGGGUCUGGCUCAGGUUUUGCCAGGACUACCGUUUAGAGUCAAUCUCCUCAGAGUUGUGCCUUGUUUGGCGAAAGAGUUCGUGAAUCCGCCGAUGAUACCGUUUGUUCUUGGACCUGUGUUGGUUGUUGCGGAAGAAGCAUCAGCAGAGGAAUUUAGGGAAUACAUUUUACCGGGUCUCAAACCUGUGCUACGAAUAGCCGAUCCUGUGCAGAUCACUCUGAUAUUCUUGCAAAGAAUGGAGCUGCUUUUGAGUAAAACGCCAGCUGGGGAUGUACGCGAAUAUCUUCUGCCUGUUAUUUACCGUGCGAUUGAAAAUCCGGAUCCGGAAAUUCAGGCCCUUGGGCUGUCAAUCGUUCCGAAAGCCGCCCCGUUAGUCGAUUACCCUGCACUGAAAAAUGCCAUGUUGCCGAAAAUCAAAACAUUAUGCUUAGAAACAAAACUUCUGAAAACAAGAGUUCAGUGCUUACUGACCAUUGGGCAAAUUUUGGAAAACUUGGAUCGAUGGCUGGUGAUGGACGAGAUCUUGCCUUUCUUGCCGAAAAUUCCUUCCAGGGAACCUGCAGUGUUGAUGGGCGUACUCGGAAUUUAUAAACUUACCAUGGAUGGGAACAAAUUGGGAAUUUCCAAGGACGUGUUGGCUACCCAAGUGCUCCCAUUCCUUUUUCCCAUGUGUAUUGAGAGUGGACUGAGUUUGGUGCAGUUCAACAAUGUGAUGAGCGUCAUUAGGGACAUGAUUGAUCGUGUGGAAGCCGACCAACGACCGAAAGUUGAGCAGCUAGAUCAGAUGCGCAAGGAGCAAAAAUCCGCGUUUCAGUCGACUCUUGAAGCAGGCGCUGUAUCACAAGCGAAACUUCAGUGGCCUGGUGCCGGUGAUUCAGGAAGUUCGUCAAGUUAUUUCAAUGGAAUCGGUGGCGGUCAAAAAGCGUUGCCUCCGGUUGCCGACGAUAUGAAAGCGAUCGAAUGGCAUGGUGCCCCUAGUGAAAGCAGCAAUUCGAAGCCAAAGCCUAGUUUGAAGCAUUUGUCGUUGGAAGAGAAGCAAAGAUUGGCGAAAUCACUGGAUUCGGGUUCAAAAGCGCAAACCGUUCAACCAAUUGUGACACCACCAGCUGCAACCAGAAUACCGCAGUCUUCAACGUUCCCAUCUAUAGCUUCGCAUCAAAAUGCAUCCUCCAACAAUUGGCCGGGCACUUCCGUCACUUCGCCAAUUGCUCAUCGAGACUUGACAUCUAGUUUGAUUAAUUCCAACAUGAACGCAUUCGGCAAACCUUCACUCAACCAAGUUCAGCCCCAAGUGCAAAGCCCGACAGGUUUCCUCUCUCCGUUUGGGCAACAGUGUUUGCCGCCUCCACCGGCGCCAUCCCAAAACACGCGCGCGUUUGAAGAUUUGUUACCGAGGCCCGGUGGCCCGAAAGUGUCCAUGAACGAUAUGAUGGCCCGGGCGGCGGGCCCGGUUCCACUGGCGCCGACUGUCGUGCAUUCGGCGCCCAUGAGACCCGCGGUGAAUGCUUUGAGUUCGAAGGAUAUCGACGAGCUGCUCCGAUGAGGCUUAGGGAAAGGGUGGUGUUUCUGCGGGGUUGAGCUAGGAAAAAAUUAGCUCGCCUAUGGAAGUAAUAUGACUGAACUUGCAGAUUUGUUUGCUUCUUGAGGGUAUAAAGACGAUCAACGUCCCCUUUCGUGUUGUCAUAUUAUUGCCAGAGGUUCGCUAUUUUUCUUAGACACCGUGCUGUUCGCCGUUGAACGAUUUUUUUGGAGAGUUAUCAGCUAAUAGUCAUGUGAUGGGACUUUUUUUUUCAAUCGCGACAUUGUCAUUCCGAUUCUUUUUGUUUAAGGUCAGGAAUUGAAGUUGUGUUUCGCGGGGACCUUGAAGAAACUGUGUGCCCUCUUUCAGCUGAUAAGUUUAUGAAUGAUUUUACAUUUCGUUUUUAAGAGGUUUUUGGUGAUUUGAAUCCACAAUCCUUUUUGUGAUCGAGACGUGGUUUUUCGAAUUCGGACCGAAGAGAAACUGUAAUGAGAUUCACUCGAUUUACGUGCACCGGAAGAACA